UUCACUUCUGCACUUCUGGCAGCGCUGACGUCUGAAGAUCCUGCUGACAGUUUGGACUUGAGGUUUCCUCGACUUUGCUGCUCACAAUCAGGAUGGACCACCAUGACUGGCAGCGGGGAAGAAGUAGAGGCCACAGGCACUAUGAGGAUGAUGAUGAAGCCCAGCCGUUCUACAUCGGCGUUCCCGUUUCCCACAGACGGAAAAGACGCAGGCACCGCUCCAACACCGGCGACGCCGACCGCGACUCACGACACCUACACUACGAUCACCACGCGCACCAUGAGCACUCCCACAGACAGUACUACCACGACAAGGAGGAGAGCUACAAUGAUGACGGAGGCAGCACAGAGCAGCAGGAGCAUCUCGACCCCUCAGAUGCCUCACGUACAAGUUACAUUGAUGAAGUUUGUGUUUUUGUGACAUGUGAGCACAAGAGUCAGUGCAUGGGAGGAGAGUCCUCCAGAGCCCUGUGGUGUGUGUCGACCCUCUUCAAAGCCUCUGGCUUCUUGUUGCUUUGGAGACUUUUUGUUGCUUUCCUGAUCGACUGA